AUGAAGUCGGCGAAAUCUAAACAGAGACCAAACGACAUGAGAACGCCAGCUAGAAGUAAGCAAAAUUUAAAUCAGGGUGAAAGGGACCCUGUACAAGUUUAUUGCCGAUUGCGCCCUAUGCAACGGGAAUCUGAUAUUUCAUGUAUAAAAAUAAUAUCACCAACAACUGUCCUUAUGUCUCCACCUUCAACAGCUAUAAGUUAUAGAAAUGAAGGUAACAAAACUAUGAAAUACACAUUCAAAGAAGUAUUCCCGCCAGACGCAAAUCAACAAGAAGUAUUCGAUAAAGUUGCAUUACCCUUAGUUCAAGGCUUGAUUAAAGGUAAAAAUGGCUUAUUAUUUACAUAUGGCGUCACAGGCAGUGGAAAAACAUUUACAAUGACGGGAGAACCUCAAAACUGUGGUAUUUUACCUCGAUGCUUAAACAUUAUAUUUAAGACUAUCAAUGAACUUCAAGCUCACAAAUAUAUAUUUAAACCUGAUAAAAUGAAUAUGUUCGAUGUACAAUCUGAAGCUGAAGCCAUGUUGGAAAGGCAGCAAGAGUUACACAAAUUCAAAAGUAAUAAGAAAAAUAAUUCAAACCCAGAUUUAGCCAUGUCAGACUCCGACCUUACUAAACUAGAAGGAGUCAAUGAAGAUAAUCAAUAUGCUGUGUUUGUUACUUAUGUGGAAAUUUACAAUAACAGUGUUUUUGAUUUACUUGAAGACGGUCCUCCGAUAACUAAAAAUUUACCAGUGAAAAUUAUAAGGGAAGAUGCUGCACAUAAUAUGUAUGUACAUGGCGUUACUGAGAUAGAAAUUAAGUCAGCGGAAGAAGCAUUUAAUGCCUUUUAUUUGGGACUAAAAAGGAAAAGAAUGGCUCACACUACUCUUAAUGCAGAAUCUAGUAGAAGCCACUCAGUCUUCACUAUAAGAUUGGUGCAGGCACCAGUUGAUGAAAUGGGGGAAGCAGUAAUUCAAAAUAAAAAGUUCUUAUCUAUCAGUCAAUUAAGUCUUGUGGAUUUAGCUGGGAGUGAAAGAACCAACAGAACUAAAAAUACAGGUCAACGCCUAAGAGAAGCAGGGAAUAUCAAUAAAUCUUUAAUGACUCUAAGAACUUGUAUGGAAGCUUUGAGAGAAAAUCAAGUAAAUGGUACAAAUAAUAUGGUGCCAUACAGAGAAGCUAAAAUAACUCAUUUAUUUAAAAAUUUCUUUGAAGGUGAAGGACAAGUCCGCAUGGUGGUCUGUGCCAAUCCAAGGGCCGAAGAUUACGAUGAAACUUUACAAGUUAUGAGAUUUGCUGAAGUUGCUGCAGAAGUUGAAGUUACCAAACCACAAGUAGUGGAUGUUGCAGCAACUAUUGGCCUGAUGUCAGGCAGACGUAAAGCUAAUAGGCUAUUUAAUGCUGCAAGAGAAAAUAUGAUUAGACCGGAAGCUAAAGACCUAGAGUUAGAUUUAGGUCUUGUCUACAGCCUUGGACCUGAUUUCCCUAGCCUAGAAUUGAAUAGUUCACAAGCUUCUCACAUUAUAAAAGAAUUAAUGGCCCACUUGGAAAUGAGAAUCAGUCGUAGAGAGACAUUAAAAAGAAGUAAAGCUAUCAAGGAUGAAAAACUGAGGUCAGCUUUGUUAGAGUUGGAAAAGGAUUCCCUGGAUGUGAGAAGUGAAAAUGUUUCCUUACGUGGACAGUUAGCGUCAGCAGAACGCCGAGUCAGGGCUUUGGAAGAUCGCCUGACUGCAAUGGAAAACGUUUCUUUAUCACAUCAAAGGAAAUUAAGUGAGAUGACAGAUUAUACAUCUUCUCUAAAACGUGAAUUGCAAGAGAAGGAGCUACUCCUAAGCCAGAAUAAGCUUGAUAAAGAGAAACAAAAGAAGAUUCUAGAACGUAAAUUCAACCAUAAAAUAGCAGCUGAACACGAAAAAGCUAAGACAAUAAAUUGUGAAAAACAACGACUUAAAAGCGAGAUAGAGGAAAAAGAGAAUCGACUACGUAUUAUUGCCGAAGCACUAAACGGGGACCGUGGUGAUAUGGAUAUGCCAAAAAGUACAGGAGAUAUGGCGGCUCAAACCACUUUAAGAGAUUUCACACCCGGAUCUACUCCUAGGGCUUUGCCAGCUCAUCUUUUGACGCCGUUUAGCUCUGUUCCUCAUACACGAGAAACUCGCGACACCCCUGCAUCUUCACGUCGAGGAGUUGCCAUCGCCAAUCCUCGUCAUAAGCGAUCAUUAUCUGCCGAUGGCAAAGGUUGGGUAGAACAUGCACCCUCCAAAAUAGUUCCAAUGGGUACUGUUUUGAAACCACAGAUUAAUAAUAGCAAAUUCGUAAACAAACUGACCAACGUCAAAGAUAUUGCUAAUAAUAAAUCGUCCAAGUACUGCCUUAUUUCACAAGAACAAGACACAGAUGGUGAAUUGGAAACCAAAUUGUACAAAGGUGAUAUAGUCCCAACUUGCGGUGGGGGGGCCCAAGUUAUUUUCAAUGAUGUAGAAAUGUUAAAGCAGUUUUCGCCAACUCGAGAUAGGGACCGGGACUCGUCUCACAGAACAUCAGGCGCAGGCUGUGCUAGACAUUCUUCUAAACGACGAGAAACUGGAUGUUCACCCCCGCAAACACCCUCAAAUACAAGCAAGAAACAAAGGGUUGAUGACGAU